AUGAGGCUGUUCGCAGUGAUUUUUUGGAUAGGCUGGGCCUUUGGCCAAGCGAAUGCCAAGAACCCAAGUGCCGAGACCGGCAGACUGAUAGCCUCUCUUCAAGCCGCUCCGGCUCCGGCGCCAGCACAAAGUGUGAUCUACAAACUGCCUCCACAGCACUAUUACCCACCGCCACCGGCUCCACCACAGCACUGUAAUUGCCCGCCAGGGCCACCGGGUCCUCCUGGACCACCAGGCUUACCAGGAACCCCUGGUCCUCAAGGUCCCAAGGGACACACUGGCUCCAAGGGCGAGCGAGGAGAGAAGGGAGAGCGCGGUCACUACGGAUUACCAGGCCAACCAGGUCAACCAGGACAACCGGGACCCAUUGGCCCUCCGGGGUUACCCGGCCCACCCAGUCACAAAUCGGGACAUGGUCAUCAUGACCAUGAUCAUCAUGAUCACCAUCAUCAUCAUCCAGCGCCAGCACCGCCGCCACCACCGCCGCCACCUCCACCUCCUCCACCACCGCCACCACAUCAACAUCAGCACCCACAUCAUCCGCAACCACCAAUCGUGACUCCUCCAAUUAUAGUUCCCAUACCAUUGCCACCACAGAAAGGUGACCAUGGCCACCAUCAUCACCACAAGGGAUCCAAGGGUCCUCCCGGACCUCCUGGUCCACCAGGAACGGGACCACCGGGUCCUCCAGGACCUCCAGGCUCUGCGUAUCCCCCUCCCCCACCACCACCACCUCCACCACCACAACCAUCGUACCCAUACCCACCGUACUCGUACCCACCACCUGGACCAUAUCCAGGACCAUGGAUUCCUCUGCCAGUGCCAGUGCCCUGGCCCUCAAAGGGACAUAAAGGAGACAAAGGUCACAAAGGAGGUCACAAGGGAGACAAGGGCGGACACCACCAUCACUAUUAUCCUCCAGGACACGAUAAGGGAGGCCACUACCCGUAUCCACCCCACGGCAGCCAUGGAGACCAUCAUCAUCCAGGCCAUAAUUAUCCGGGCCCCUAUCCGCCACCUUAUCCACCUCACCAUCCACAUGAUGGCGGAGACAAGGGACAUCACCAUCAUCCUCCGUCCCACAAUCACCAUCAUCCACCCCACAAUCACGGAGGACACAACCACCAUCAUCCAUCACACGGCAACGGAGAGCAUAACCAUAAUCCACCCCCACACAAUAACGGAGGACAUAGCCACCAUCAUCCCCCACACAAUCACGGUGGGCAGGGCGCACACAAUACACACCCCCACACUGGUGCUCACGGAAGUGGAGGACACAGCCCACCUCCACACCACCAGCACCACCAUCAUCAGCAACCAAAGCCCACUGAACCUGAGGGAAGUGGCGAACAAAGUCCACGGGAUGAUCUGGACUUGCUGGAUGAAAAUGUGGAGAUCGUCGAGAACAUAGUUGAUGACAAUGAAUAUGGUUCCAUGGAGGGCGAGGAGGUAACGUCCAAUGAGCCCAUUGACUUGGAAACGGAACCUGAGGAUCCCGGCUACGGCAUUGAAUAUGCAGAUAACACAGUGGAGAGUCCCGAAUCUCCGAGUGGCGCUGAAGAAAUCGAUGAUGAGGAUCCAAACUAUGUGGUAACAGAAGGGGAAGAUGCGAUAGAAGAGGACCAUAUAAUGGAGGACGAGAUGGACAUUGUGAAUUUGAUGGGGGAUAACGCAGCUAUGGAUGGACAUGCAAUUGAGGAGCGAACCAAAAAAGGUCCAAUUAUCCUGUCAAUUGGAACUCCUCGAAAUCCUUUUCACAUUUACGCCUAUGAACAGUAUGAUACAUAA